CAUAUUACGCUCGUCAAGCAGUUGUAUCGCAACAAAAUCCAGUCAAAGUCAAACAGUUCGACGCUGUCGCCGUGAGCAGACGUUUUAACGCGACUACAGUUCCCGCCAAGUGUUGUUUUUGCAGUGUUCUAAACCGUUAACUACUAAAAGUGUCAGUUAGAUUUUGCAGAAGUUUCAUUGAGAAACUAGAAAAGGAAAUUGAUUACAUAAAAUACAAAAACAAAAGCAGCAGCGUAAACAAAAGUAUUAAGAAUGGCAUCCGUUUCGGAAAAUCUCAUGUCUCAAGUUGCCGAGGUACUACCAUCCGGCGGACGUAAAGUCACCAUUGUUGGCAUCGGUCAAGUUGGUAUGGCCUGCGCCUUCAGUAUACUCGCUCAAAAUGUCUCGAACGAAAUAUGCCUUGUCGAUGUGUGCAAGGAUAAGUUGCAAGGUGAAAUGAUGGAUCUGCAGCAUGGUUCGAAUUUCCUAAAGAAUCCCAAAAUUACCGCCAGCAUCGAAUAUGAGGCGACCGCUGGUUCACGUCUCUGCAUCGUAACGGCUGGUGUACGUCAAAAGGAGGGCGAAUCUCGCCUGUCGUUGGUGCAACGCAACACUGACAUUCUCAAGCAUAUCAUUCCAAAGUUGGUGCAAUACUCACCCGACACCAUACUGUUGAUGGUCUCAAAUCCGGUUGAUAUUAUGACUUAUGUCGCUUGGAAGCUAUCCGGUUUGCCAAAGAAUCGUGUCAUUGGCAGUGGCACCAAUUUGGAUUCGUCACGUUUCCGUUUCCUGAUGUCACAACGUUUGGGUGUGGCACCUACCUCUUGCCACGGUUGGAUUAUCGGUGAACAUGGUGAUAGUUCCGUGCCCGUAUGGUCGGGUGUGAAUAUUGCUGGCGUGCGCUUGCGUGAGUUGAAUCCCAAUAUUGGUACUACCGAGGAUCCCGAGAACUGGGAGGAAGUGCACAAGAAAGUGGUGGAUUCUGCUUAUGAAGUGAUCAAGCUAAAGGGUUACACCUCAUGGGCUAUUGGCUUGAGCUCGGCUGCAUUAGCUUCGGCUGUUUUGAACAAUACCAGCAAUAUUGUUGCUGUCUCAACUUCAGUGACGGGUCAACACGGCAUCGACAAGGAAGUGUUUUUGUCGCUGCCAUGCGUUUUGAAUGCCAACGGCAUCACCUCGAUCGUCAAGCAGAUUCUCACACCCGUCGAAGUGGAGCAAUUGCAGAAGUCUGCCAAUAUUAUGGACCAAGUCCAGGCUGGCAUUAAGUUUUAAGGCGUUACGAAAUUGAUGAGAGCAAAAUUUGGAUGUUGAAAAAAAGUAAAGGAAGCUAAAGAAAAGCAGGGAAAUGAAAGAAAAUAUUAUGUGAACAACUAGUAUAUCGAUAUACAUACAUAUAUAUAAAUUAAGUGUUUGUUUUUUUUUUUUUUGAAGAGAAGUAUUUAUUUAAUUAAUUUGAGUGUGCAAACCACAAAAAAACAACCCCUCGCCACACUAUUUUCAGUCAAAGUCAAGGUGUAUUUCUUUUAAACACACAAAACAUACAUGCAUAC